AUGCCUGAACUGUUGAAUGAUCCAUUGGUAUAUUUACAAACUAAUAAGGACCCAACGAGGAAAUAUCAGGAUAAAGUGAAUGGAAUAAUAGCAGUUCUUUUGGAGGAAUCGGUGAUUUGUGAUCAGAAGGCUAGAUAUUUAAAAGCACACAACACGUUGCCUCCUAGGUUGUAUGAGCUUAGGAAAAUUCACAAACCAGGAUGUAAACUUCGUCCGGUCGUAAGCUGUAUCAAGUCGCCGUGUUACAAAUUAGCUAAAUUUCUCCAUGGGUUGUUAACACCACUUAUUAACACGUUUGAAUUUAACAUUCGAAACUCUACAGAAAUGGUGAGGUUUAUCAAUAAUACUAGACUGCCUCCUGACUAUAUCUUGGUUUCACUAGACGUGGUCUCCUUAUUCACUAAUAUACCGAAGGCACUGGUUUUAGAGAUUAUAAAUGAGGAAUAUGAGACUAUUAGAGAAUUAGUAAAAGUCUCGAAAGGCAAGUUAUGUUCUUUGAUAAAUGUUUGCUUUAAGACGAGUUAUUUUACUUUCAACAACGUUUUUUAUCUUCAGUUAGAUGGCUCAAGCAUGGGAAAUCCUGCAAGUCCUGUCUUGGCCAAUCUUGUUAUGGAUUAUAGAAAUAAUUAUCCUACUAAGUUCAUCGAUUGCUGUAUUAAUAAAUUUAAGAGCAAACAUAUGGAUGAAAGGAGGGAUAAUUUGAUAGCUGAUAAGCAAGAAAAUCGAUUCAGGUUCCCUUACAUCAGGGGCUUAUCGCAAAAUAUUAUGAGAUGUUUCAGAGUAACGGAUUGGAAACCAGCAUUCUAUAACAUAAAGAAGGCUGGAGACAUAUUAGAUUAG